CCAGACCUGCGUGCCCGUGACGUUCCCUGUCACAUGGCGCGUGCGUCAGCUGUGUUGCAGGAAGUGAAGCAGUCAUGGCGACUCCUGUAGCGUUACUUUCUGAAUCUGUGCUCGGAUGGUCGAUUUUCACUGUCGUUUUACUGGUCAUCUUGGCCUUCUGCUGGGUUUAUAUUCGAAAGUAUCAGAGUCGACAGGAGAGCGAGGUUAUCUCUACUAUCACGGCGAUAUGUGCUCUGGCUAUUGCACUCAUCACAUCAGCUCUUCUUCCGGUGGAUAUCUUCCUAGUGUCCUUCAUGAAGCACCCCAAUGGCACUUACAAGGAAUGGGCAGCAAAUAAUGAAACCAGGGUGCAGAUUGAAGACACAGUUUUGUAUGGCUACUACACUCUGUACUCCAUCAUUCUGUUCUGCGUCUUCCUCUGGAUCCCCUUUGUCUAUUUCUACUACGAGGAGAAAGAUGAAGACAACAACAACAAGUGCUUGCAAGUGAAAAAUGCACUGAAGUACACAAUAGGAUUUGUGAUUGUGUGUUCCGCGCUGCUUUUGAUUGGAACGUUUGUUCCUUUGGCAUCUCCACCCAACCAGAACUCCACUCAAUGGCAGAAGGUGCAGUAUCUGUUUGAAGAGCUGGGCAGCAGCCAUGGCCUGGCCGCCCUGUCGUUCUCCAUCAGCUCGCUCACCUUGAUUGGCAUGCUGGCAGUGAUCACAUACACGGCAUACGGGAUGUCCGUGCUGCCGCUGAACCUGAUUAAAGGCACACGCAGCGUCCUGUAUGAGCGGCUGGAGAACACAGAAGACACGGAGGAGGUGGAGCACCAGAUAGACAAGCUCAAAGCCAAGUGUGCUGAUGGUCGUCCACUGUCUAUGAGAGACCGGAGGAACCUCCAGGAUCUUGAAGACAAGCUGCAGUUGCUGCAUCGACGUGGACGUCACCUGGAGAUCGCAGAGAGAAACUGCUGCAACAAAGUGGGCUCUGCUCUCCGUCCCAUGAAGAUCUUGCUCGGAGUCUUCUUCAUCCUGGUGGCCCUUUUGUUCUUCGUGACCUUGUUUAUUUCCAAUCUGGAUAAAGCUUUACAUUCAGCUGGUAUCAGCACUGGAUUUAUCAUCUUUGGGACCAACUUAACCAACCCUCUUAAUGAGCUGCUGCUGGCACUGCAACCGGUUUUCCCAUUGGAUUACGUUCUCAUCACCGUCAUCACAAUGUACUUUGUCUUCACCUCAAUGGCUGGGAUCCGUAAUAUGGGGAUUUGGUUCUUCUGGAUAAGGCUGUAUAAAAUCAGGCCUCAGAGAACUCGACCACAGGCCCUGCUCUUUCUCUGCAUGAUCCUCCUCCUCAUCGUCCUCCACACCAGCUACAUGAUCUACAGUCUGGCCCCGCAAUACGUCAUGUACGGCAGCCAGAAAUACCUGCUGCAGACCCCGUUACCCACAGCAGUCCCUUCACAAAGCAAUCGCUCUGCUACCAUCACCAAGAUAUGUGAUGCAGAUGCUCCUGAAGACCAGUGCACGGUAACCAGAUCAUACCUGUUCCUGCACAAGUUUUGGUUUUUCAGCACCAUCUACUAUUUUGGCAACUGGGCUUUUCUUGGUGUGUUUCUCAUCGGUUUGGUUGUGUCGUGCUGUAAAGGCAAGAAGUCUGUGAUUGAAGGGGAAGUUGAUGCAGACGAUUCGGAUUUCAGUGAUGAUGAAUAUGUCCAUUAACCUCUGCUGUGGUAUGAAAUAAACACCUGAUUUUACUAGGUCUGGUUAGCAGUUAGAGCUGGAGUAUAUCAAUUGUAAAACAGUUUUUCACCUUCUCAAAACUCGUCCUUGAUUCGUCGUUCAGAGAGAGUAUUAUUAUUAUUAACAUUCUUUAAGACUUAAGUGAAUGUGUUAUGAUGCCAAAUAGAUUUUGUGUCUUUAGAGGCAUUGUUGUGUUUAAUUAGUUAGUAAUCUGAUAUGUUAACCCGUUUCUAAUACCAACUGAGGGUUUAUAUGCAUGUCAUGUUGCAUUUUUGUCUGAAAUAAUUCAACACAAAAGACCAAAUUUGUUUUCAGAUAAGGUUUAAAGUUACAGAUAUUUUUGUUGACAGAAAUAAAAAGGGUUGAGAUCUUUAUGCUGAAUUAUUUAUUGAAGCUUUUUAUAAUUGCUGUGCACAUCUGUCUUUUUGUUGUCUAGGAAUAAUACUGCUGUGUGCUUUCUUAAACGUUUCUGAUCUCUGAAUUAUUAUUGCCAUAAUGUCGAAUUACUGUCACGCGUGUUGAUUUCUUUCACAGACUUUUAUUUUGGAAUUUUUGGAUUGUACUUGCAAUGAUUGACUGAUGCAAAAUGAUGUAAAAUAUACAGUGUUUGCUUGUU